AUGCAACAUUCUAGCAACAUUGUUCCCCUCGUUCAUCACUAUAAAUAUCCAAGCCUCACCUCAAUCUAUCAUCCCUCCCUUCAACAAGAUGACAACCCUCAAGAGCUCAAAAAGCUCCUCCUGACCGCCCUCGCGCUCGCUAUGAUCGUCGUCUCCGCUCUGCCCAACACCACCUUGGCCCAGAAUUGCGGGUGCGCAGCCGACCAGUGCUGCAGCCAGUGGGGUUACUGCAGCACGGGAGAUGAAUACUGCAGGACCAGUUGCCAGGCGAGCCCGUGUAGCGCACCACCGCCGACGAACCAUGUGUCGGUGGAAGACUCGGUGACGGAGGCCUUCUUCGACGGGAUAAUCAGGGAGGCCGCAGAGAGCUGCGAAGGGAAGGGCUUCUCCUCGAGAGGAACGUUUCUUGAGGUCAUGGGGAGUUAUCCUCAGUUCGGCAGGUCGGGAGUGUCGAUGAUUCGAUACGCGAGAUUGCUGCAUUUUUCGCUCACGUCACUUUUGAGACAGGAUGUAAGUUGCCUCUCUUAA